UAAUAUUUUGUUUUGACUGGAUUACAUGAUAUUAUGACGGGACACGAUUAAAAAAUCUUACAUUGUCUGGAUAGAUCAAGACCACUGGACAAACUUAUGGCGUAGACGAUAUAGAGGACAGAUGUAAUCUCCUCCUAGAAGGAAAUAUACGAUCCCACUCUUUUCCCAGCCCUUGUCAUUUGAGGUGCACACCAUGUAAGGGGAGGUAAAUGUCGAUCUCAGCAAGGGGUUCCUUCCAACGACGUUCUACCCCAUUACAACCCUUCCUUUUCGAACUCUCUUCAUUCACUCAACGACGUCUAAAUCACUCCUUCGCUCUAUCUCCCCUGUUCAUUUUCUUUUAUUGUAUUUAUUAUUCUUGUUAUUAUGAUUAAUAUUAACAUUAUGGCGACAUAUGAGCCAAAGAACCAUGCUUCUAUCACCAGUGCGGGUAGUACGCCCCUCCAAGAACAGGAUAAUCGGCGUCUUCAACAAAUGGGAAAGAAAUCACUUCUUAAGGUAAGCAACAGUAAUCAUAGACUCACCAAUAGCACAGCUCCAGAGGACUUAUACCGCACUUUCUUAGCGAAAACUUCGGCAUUGUCUCA